AUGUCCAGAUCAGGAGUACAAGUUGCCGACGAAUCCUUAGCUGCCUUCAACGACUUGAAGUUGGGUAAGAAGUACAAAUUUGUAAUCUAUACAUUGAAUGAUGCCAAGACUGAGAUUGUUGUUGACGAGACAUCUGCCGAUACAGAUUACGAUACCUUUUUAGAGAAAUUGCCUGAAAAUGAGUGUAAAUAUGCCGUUUACGAUUUCGAGUAUGAGAUUGGUGGAGGUGAAGGAAAAAGGUCAAAGAUUGUGUUUUUCACCUGGUCUCCAGACACCGCGCCCGUUAGAGCUAAGAUGGUAUAUGCAUCAUCGAAAGAUUCUUUGAGAAGAGCAUUGAACGGAGUUGCUGCUGAUAUCCAAGGCACAGACUUUUCAGAGGUUGCGUAUGAGUCAGUCUUGGAAAGAGUUAGUAGAGGUGCUGGGUCUCACUAA